CGAUAACAAUAACCAGCGGCCAGCAACCUGGCCAAUCAGAUCAGCUGUGGCGCUUAAAACACAUUUUUCUAUUAGAAUUUUUAGGCGCAAGGCGCGUUGGUAAAUUAUUAAAAAAUUGUAAAAACAUCAUGACCAGAAACAGCAUCGAACUGGGCGAUGUGACGCCGCACAAUAUCAAGCAGCUGAAGAAGCUCAACACCGUUGUCUUUCCGGUUUCCUACAAUGACAAGUUCUACGUAGACGUUUUGGAAGCCGGAGAACUGGCCAAAUUGGCCUACUACAACGACAUUGUUGUGGGCGCCGUCUGCUGUCGUAUCGAUACCACUGAGAACCAGAGGCGUCUAUACAUCAUGACCCUGGGAUGCCUGUCCCCAUACCGCCGGUUGGGCAUCGGAACAGUUAUGUUUGAGCACAUCAUGAACUUCGCGGAGAAGGAUGGAAACUUUGACAGCAUUUUUCUGCACGUGCAAAUCAACAACGACGGAGCCAUCGAGUUCUAUAAGAAAUUCGGUUUCGAGAUUGUCGAUACCAAGGAGCAGUACUACAAGCGCAUCGAACCAGCGGACGCACAUGUCCUGCAGAAGGCGCUACGACGCAGUGCACCAAACUCGAACAGCUCCGCCAACAAUACCACCGCCAAUUCGAAUUCCCGCAGUAAAGCACGACAGUUUACGUUUGUGUAAAGAAGACUUUCGAUGUGUGUAACAACCAGACAUGUAGAGGCGGUCAAAACGAUGUAUUCAAUUAGUCCGAUCAUAUCUAUGUGUAAUCAAUAUUUAAUUACCCCUGCGCGGGAAUAAAUAGCUCUGUACGGCACUGGCCAGUCCAAA